AUGAAUGAGAAUGUCUGCAGGGACAGAGGUCCUCCAAACUACGGCAAGAGGAGUCCAAAGAAAAGGUUCUAUCACGUGGGAGAAGGAGUUACGUAUACGUGCAACGAGGGUUACACCCUGGAGGCAGGAUACACCAGGGAAGUAAGGUGCACGGAAGAGGGUACUUGGGAAUACGACAAGCCCGGUUGUUCAAUUGAUCAUAAACGAAGGUUGCAAAAAGAGGUGCUAGAGAUCUACGGUGCAGGUUUGGCCCCUGAGAACAUCACCAUCGUCUUCAACGGAUCUGUAGAGCAGAUUGUCAACUUGGAUGAAAAGAACGAGCAGCUUGUCACCUCUGUUGUCAUUGAUUUCAAAUGGCGGGACAGUCGUCUGACAUGGAAUCCAAGGUACUUUGGUGGCGUCAAGACCCACAGCGUUCUGGGUAGCAGGAUUUGGACACCGACAUUCACGGUGAAAAAAAAUGCCGACGUCACCUACCGAGGCCUACAACAAGACAUACCUGUUCGAGUCAGCAAUGAUGGGCUGGUAGUCUGGAGUGUAGAAACCCUGACCACCACCGUGUGUGAUGCAAACCCCUUCUUCUUUCCUGCGGACACCAUGGAAUGUCACAUCUCACGGCACAAAAUCCCUAGUUUCCGAUGCCAAGGCCAAGAGAACGGGUCUGAUGAGUGCGGCACCUUUUCUGCCGUGAAAAACGAAGGCGAAUGGUACCGGAAGGACAAGAUGUUUGCUAAAGACAACAGGGAAGCUUGCUUCGUUCUACACUUGUCGCGGGUCCCCCUGUUCCACAUCGCCACUACUGUUGGACCCUGCGUCAUCCUGGUCGCGAUGAUGAUCAUCACCUUCGUCAUGCCCUUAGACAGGGGCGACCGGAUCUCGUUCGGAGUGACCAUUCUACUCUCCAUGGUCGUGUCCCUCGUGUUCGUGACGGACGUUCUUCCUGUCAAGGGGGUAUUGCCAUUUUUUGCUACGGCAAUCAUCAUCUGCAUGGGCCUGAUGGGAUUAUUCUUGUUCUUCACCCUGGUCAUCAUCGUCAUUCAUGACCGGGAGGGCAGCCUGUCUCCGGCGGCGAAGAUAAUUUUCCUGCGCUACAUGUCAAAGAUGCUGCUGUUUGGUGAUCUGACAGCAAAUCAGGAAGCAAACGAUGAAGAGCCUGGCGUGAUCAACCACGCCGCCAUAGAGCUGACCAACUGCGCCUAUGAAGACGAUAACGUGUCGGAGGCCGUCGACGAAACAGUUAUGUAUUUCGGUGAUGGCAACGGGAGGGACGAGCAGCCAUCGACCCCUACUGAGGAUGGUUCCGGAUCAUCUGGACUUUCAGAGCUGAUCACGGUGGUCAGGGAAGUUGGAGUUCUGACCAAUGCCGUGGUCAGGGAAGUUGGAGAGCUGACCAAGGCCUUCGACUACACCUAG